AUGAUAUCGCUCGUCUACGAGAAAUCGGAUUCCGGACCGUCAUCAAGCAAAGGCUUUCGUCUAGUCACAGACAAUGGAACGCAAUUCUUCCUCGCCCCGAAAUACCUCAAUGAAAUCCGCAGUAACCAAAGUCUACGUUUUGAGCCUGUUGUCAAGAAGCUCCGAGUCCGUCUGACGUUGAUUACAGGAAAUAUUGUCGAUCCUAUGAUUCAAAUUGCGGAUUCCGUGGUUCGGAAUACUUUCACGGAUAAUAAAGGUAUGGAAAAUCAUACCAACUUUGACUUCAAGUUCAAUUACUCAAUUACAUCUACUCUAGCUAACAAAUACAAAACAGUUUGGCAUGAAAUCUCGCUCACAGAUCCAAUCCUCAACAUCGUCGCCUGUCUAUCAUCACAAGUCUUCGUAGGCAAAGAGCUCUCCCAAAACCCAGAAUGGAUCGAAAAUAUCCUCCAAUAUACAGUCGAUGCCUCCGAUGCCUCUGAAGCUCUCCAUCUUGUUCCGAAGAAUCUAAGACCCUUCGCCGCGCACUUUUCGCCAGCAGUAAGACGACUCCGUAAGCGUGUCGUGAAAACAAGAACUCUUUUUCAUUCUGUAUUGGAUAAGACGCGCAUUCAGGGCGAGAAAUCAGUUCAAGAGAAUCUUGGUAUUAUGAGCUGGUUUGAAGAAUGCUCGAAGGGUCGCACGUAUGAUCCUGCCGCGACACAUUUGAAUCUUGCUUUUGUUUCUAUCUCUAGUACCUCUGAUAUGAUAACUCAGUUGAUAUAUGAUCUUUGUGGGCGGGAGGAACUAGUUACGGAACUUCGGGAUGAGAUUAUUUCUGUACUUGGUGAAGAGGGAUGGAGUAAGAAGGGGUUGUAUAAGUUGCAGCUGCUUGAUAGUGUGAUGAAAGAGAGUCAGAGGUUGAAACCUGGUAUUGUUGGGCUCCAGCGGUAUGCAGAGAAGGAUACUGUCCUGUCGGAGGGAACGUUCAUUCCAAAAGGGUCCUUUCUCAUUGUAUCGUGUCAUCAUAUGUUUACUCAAAACUUUGGGACCUAUGAUAAUGCUGGAGAAUUCGAUGGCCAUCGAUUCUAUAAUAUUCGACAGUCUGGUGCGCAGGAGCAGUGGACACAAUUUGCUGCUGCGAGUGAGAAGCAUGUCGGAUUUGGAUAUGGACAACAUGCAUGUCCGGGUCGUUUCUUUGCCACGAACCAGAUCAAAAUUAUCAUGUGUCAUUUCCUACUUAACUAUGACUUCAAUUUUGUGGAUGGAUUACCAAGAAAGCCGUGUCCUAGGGGAAUAGGUCUCCAAGCUAAUCCAUCUGCCAUGAUUUCUAUUAGAAGGCGUCAGAGCAAGGUGGACCUGUGA